AGUGUACGUUUGUCACGUCUUGGCGUAUUGAGAAGAAUGUUCACCAAACAAGAAGAAGAAGAAGAGAGGAAGAGUCUUCGGAAAAAUUGAACGAAAAGAAUAAGUUGUUUAUUUACGCAAUGGCAUAUAACAUAAAUAUAUUAAAUAUAUUAGAAGAUUCCGAUUCUUCUGAUGAAGAAGCCUUGUUGCCGGUGCCACCAGCUUUGGUUGUUCUGCCAAAUGAAGAAUUACGUAAUGAACCAUUAAACUUGCAGGUAUUAGGCAUACGUGGCAUACAACGUUCAUAUCACAUUAAAGUUGACAAUUACAUCGAAAAUAUCACCAGAAGUUAUAUACAUUGCGAUUUUAUUAUGCAUUUCCGUGUAUCACGCAUGAUAUGAAAUUAUUGUACGUUUCUCAGUAUCAGAUAUUUUUACAUCAUUACAAGAACAUGCAGGUUAUAUGCCAAUAACAGCGGAAAAGCAUGUUUUAACUUACUUAUGGUAUGUCGAUCACGAGAGUGCAGGAUAUCGUGAUGUGGCAGACAGGUUUGGAAUUGCUAUAAGUACCCUGUAUGCUAUUAUAACAAGGGUUACAAGAUUUUUAAUGCAACUUGCUCCACAUAUAAUACAAUUUCCUAUACUGGAAGAGAAAGAAGCAACAAUGGCAUAUUUUUUGGAGACGAAAAGAUUUCCUGGAAUUAUUGGUGCUAUAGAUGGCACACAUAUUCGAAUUGACAAACCACAAAAUGAUCACGAGUCGUAUAUUAAUAGAAAACAAUAUUUUUCUAUACACCUGCAAUGUGUUGUGGAUCACAAGAUGAAAUUUAUUGAUGUAUUUAUUGGUUACCCUGGAUCAGUGCAUGAUGCGCGAGUGUUUCGAGAAUCUCUUUUGAAUGAAUCUCUUGCAGAAAUUUGUCCAAGUAAAAUGCAUAUAAAUAAUGUUAUAUACACACAUACACGCAAUAGACACGACAAUGGACAUCUAACACAUUAACAAAGGCGAUUUAAUGAAAGACUGAGUUCGUGUCGUGUAAUAAUAGAAAAUGCAUUUGGUUGCUUAAAACAAAGAUUUAGACAACUUUAUCAUUUAAAAUUACGCAAUAUUAGACAUAUGGUCCAAGUAAUACACGCGUGUUGUGUUUUGCACAAUUUAGCUAAUAAAAGAAAAAAAAAUAGUUGCGAUUUAGAAUUAUUAGAACUGUCAUUAAAUGAUGAAUAUCCUGAUCCCGAAGCGGAAUACAUACAUAUUGAAAAUAACGAAAUAAUUCCAGGGAAUGAACGUAGUCGCGAAUUACGAAAUGAAUUGUGUCGUCAAUUUAUAGCACAAUGAUAAAAUUAUUUAUUUUUCAA